CGCAAGCUUACGACCGCGUCCACAGCUCUUCUCUCCUCAAGCCCGUCUUACUCUCACCAUGGACCACUUUCCAACGAACUGGGGACGUCCGAGAAACGAAAUGUACGACCAGUACAACACGUUCCCGCUGCACCAUCGCCCAUCGCACCACAAGGAUGCAUUCGCAGAUGGCGUGCAACAUACUCAGCAGCCCAUCGUUACUGGCACCAGUGUCCUCGCUAUCCGUUACAAGGAUGGCAUCAUGAUGGCUGCCGACAACCUCGCAUCUUACGGUUCGCUCGCCCGCUUCAGAAACAUCCAACGUCUGCACCCGGUGGGCUCGUCCACCGUCGUCGGGGCAUCCGGAGACAUGUCGGACUUCCAGUAUAUUCAGCACACUCUCGAUGAGCUCAUGGUCGAGGAAUUCACCUACGGCGACGGGCACGAGCUCGGUCCUGCCGAGGUGCACGAAUACCUCUCGCGCGUCAUGUAUGGCCGCCGCUCCAAGAUGGACCCGCUCUGGAAUGCAUUGCUCGUGGGUGGAAUCCAGGAUGGCAAGCCAUACCUGGCAUUCGUUGAUCUGCUCGGCACGACGUAUUCCGCGCCCUCGAUUGCCACUGGCUACGGCGCACACAUCGCCAUUCCCCUCCUCCGUACCUCUGUUGAUCCCAACCCAGACGCCAUCACAGAAGAUCAAGGACGCAAGAUUCUGGAUGACUGUAUGCGCGUGCUCUACUAUCGUGAUGCGCGCAGCAUAGACAAGUACCAAGUCGCUACCGUCACCUCAGCUGGAGUGUCCAUCUCGGAACCCCAGAAGCUUACCACCGAGUGGAGCUUCGCAGAGCAGAUUCGAGGCUAUGGCGCUCAGACGCAGUGAUUUCAGGCCGACGACAGGAGCUGUAUAUAAUUAUGGACAGAUGCGGAGAGCGAGGCAUGUACGUCGUUGUGUCUGGAUAUUGUGAUGCUUACGCGCGAUCUUCAACCUCGAGUGAACACCU